AGUUUCACCGUAACCAUGAGCAAGAGAAGAGUUGAAGAACCAGAAGAUUCCGACAUCGAUGUCAGUUCCACUGAUUCCGAAAACGAACAGGAAGAACAAAUUGAACAAGAAGAUGAAACUGUCAAUGUCGACUUUGACUUUUUUGACCUUAAUCCUGAGGUGGAUUUCCAUGCAACCAAGAACUUCUUGAGACAGUUAUUUGGAGAUGAUUCGAUUAAAUUCGAUCUUUCUGCUAUUGCUGACUUGUUCUUGAAGGAAAAUAGCGUGGGAACCACAAUCAAAACCGAAGGUAAGGAAGGCGAUCCGUUUGCAUUAUUAUCAGUGAUCAACUUGUCUGAAAAUAAAGGUAACUCCAGCAUCAAAGCAAUCGUCGACUAUGUUUUGGAGAAGACCACCAAGAAUAUGGAGUUCAACUACAUGUUGAAGAAAUUGAUCAAAGAAAAUGGGAAGAUCACUAAAGACACUUCCAAGCAGUUGAAAACUGGGUUAAUUGUAAGUGAAAGAUUGAUCAAUAUGCCAGUCGAAGUGGUUCCUCCAAUGUACAAGAUGUUGUUGGAAGAAAUGGAGAAGUCCGAAGAUGCCCAUGAAAAGUACGAGUUUGACUACUUUUUGAUCGUUUCCAAGGUAUAUGAAAUGGUUGCAUCGAAUAUUCAAGAUGAUGAAGACAACAAAAAACUGAAAAAGAAGAAGCCUGCUACUGAAGCUCAGGUCGAAAUGGAUUACUUUCACUACGAAGACCUCGUGUUGGAGGCCAAUGCAAUGUACCACGGCUAUUACGAAUACACCAAUAAGCACCAAGAAACCGAUUCAAGAAGAGUGUUUACUGAAUAUGGUAUCGAACCAAAGUUGAGUGUAAUCUUGAUUGACAAAGACAGCUUGGCCAAGUCGGUUCCUGAGAUGGAACAGAAAUUCCCUCCAUUUUAAUCCAAAAAUGUGUACAUUAAGCAUUUACAUAUUAAGUAAUGAAUAUAUCUAUCGUAGUCAGAUUGCUUCUGGAUAUUGUCCUAUUCCCCUAAUAAAGCUCUCACAAUAAUCACUAUUAUCAACUCAGCGAUUGUCAACAUUAUUAUUAUAAUUGCAAAAGCAAUGCCCAACAAUUGUUGGAUCAAGAAUUUGAUGAUAUUACCUCUCAGUUUGGGCUUUGAGGCCACGUCAAUCUCCUCGCUCAUUUCAGUAAAACAAGUAGUGAUUCCGGGUCUUUGGACCUUGUCUAAAUUAUCAAGACGUCUUCCUACUCCUUACAACUACCUGUUAUCUGCUCUAAACCGAUACGACUACUAACGGCU